GCUGCAUCAGUGUCAUCAUCAGCAGCCGGACCAUAACAAAAACAAACACACGUGCGAGGUGGUGGUGUGCCCUAAAACACCGAAAAAAAAAACAGUAAUGCCAUUGAAAAGCAAAGUGUGUCUAUAAGCAGAAGAGAGGAUCAAGAGGAGGAGGACCUACGAAGCGAUACAGGUCAAAAGAAGAAGAAGGGGUCCAUAGAACAGUCCCAGCCUCCACUCAUUGCCCCGUGCCUUGACAUUUCAUAUUAAUUUAUGUUCAUCUCUUCCUACUUGUAACACCGAGCUCCAGGGACCCGACCAUGGUGGGGGCCCAGGAAGACGAGAAAGAGGCUGGGCCGUGGCAACCUGCAAACAAGAAGCACAAACAGACGCCACUCAGCCAGCUAACGAGGGAGGAGCUGGAGGCCAGGGUGCGGCAGCUGGAGGCCCACAACACACAGCUGCGUAACCUUCUCACCAAGAGCCAGGCUGGAGGGGCCUCAGACACACCCUCUGUCCACACCAAGCCACAGAAACAGAGACAGUUUGACUUCUCCAAGCACUCCCGCAGACAUGUGGCCCUCAAGCUGUGUUACCUGGGCUGGGACUACCAGGGCUUUGCUGUGCAGGAGGACUCUCAGAACACCAUUGAGGCUCAGCUCUUUGCGGCACUGCUCAAGACCAGGCUGAUAGAGUCCAGGGAGACCUCCAACUACCACAGGUGUGGCAGGACGGACAAAGGUGUGAGUGCCUUCGACCAAGUCAUCUCCAUCACCCUGCGCAGCAAACUGAAGAAGGGCUUGGGGGUGCUGGGGCUCACACAGGGAGCAGAGGGGGCUGUCUGUGAGAGAAUGGAGGGGCAGGAGGAAAAAGAAAAGGAGGAGGUGGUGAAGGAAGAUGAGGAGGAAGAAGGGGAUGAAAUUAACUAUGUCCAGCUUCUCAACAGAGUCCUUCCGCAGGAGAUCCGCGUCCUUGCCUGGUGUCCGGUGCCUCAGGGGUUCUCGGCCAGGUUUGACUGCUGCCGCCGCACCUACAAGUACUUCUUCCCUCGGGGCGGCCUGGACUUGCAGGCUAUGCAGGAGGCCGGGCAGCACUUGGUUGGAGAACAUGACUACCGUAACCUUUGUAAGAUGGACGUGGGCAAUGGUGUUGUGAACUUCAGGCGACGCAUUCUGGCUGUCAGGGUGGAGAGGGCGAAGCAGGAGGAUGGUGGUGGUGGUGGUGAUGAGGGAAGGGUGGCUAAUGUAGAUGGUGAGGAUGGUGGUACUGGUGGAAGAGGUGGUAAAAGAAGAACUGGGAGAAGUGAAGAUGGUGAAUGUGGAAAGGGAAAUAGUGGUGGUGGUGGUGGUGGUGGUAAGGAGGGGGGAAAAUGUGAUGGUAGUAGUAAGGAAGAAAAUGAAGGAAGAGAGGAAAGGAAAGAUAGUGGUGUUGUAGGUGAAGGAAGAGAGCAAGGGAAAGAUAGUGGUGUCUUGGGUGGCAGGAAUGAGGGAGGUGAUUUACGAAGCUGCAGUGAGGGUGGUGAUGGGUACGAGAUGUGUGUGGCCACCAUCGAGGGCCAGGCGUUCCUGUGGCACCAAGUGAGGGCCGUGAUGGCAGUACUGUUCCUGGUGGGGGAGGGCAAGGAGCGCCCCGACAUUGUGGCAACGCUGCUUGACGUACAGACACACCCCAGGAAGCCGCAGUACAGCCUGGCCAGUGACUUCCCCCUAAGCCUGUGGUCGGUGGAGUUCAGCGGCGUGGCGUGGCGGUGGGAGGAGGCGGAGGUGCGUCGCGUGGUGGCCCAGAUGCAAGGGACGUGGGCGGUACAGGCAGUGAGAGCCACUAUGAUUGGAAGUAUGCUGAGUGACCUAGAGGCUCGCUACAAAGACCUGGCAAAGGCAAGGCUUGAGAAGGAGGAAAAGAAGGAAGAGGAAGAACAGAAGGAGGAAGAGAAGGAGAAACUGGGGGAAAAGAAAGACCCUGCUCAAAAGAAGAAGGAGGGGGAGACGAAACGAAGCGAAAAGAGGAAGAAGGACGAGGAUGAGGAGGUGUGUGAGGGACGGGAGGUGAGGGAGCAGGUCACCCCCCUCAUGACAGGCACAAGGACCAAGGUGUAUCGGCCGCUCCUCUCCCGGCCAACCUGUGAGAGUCUGGAGCAGCGGGUUGAGCACUACGUCAAGAGGCAGAGGCUGGACCCCGGUCUGCUGCAGAACCUGACCUGACCUGCUGCCGAGCCCAAGGUUAUGAAGAUUUGUGUUCAGUCAGGUCUUUUCUGUAAGUCAAAAUUGGAUUUGUACUUUUAUUCAUAGAUAAUAAUCCAUAAUCAUCA